AUGGGCAAGCUGGGAAUUGUCGUGAUUUUGCUUUUACUGGAUCAAGCAUCGGCCACUGCUGGAGGAAGCAAAAAAGAAGACCAAAGGGAGGCUAUAUUAAAAGAGCUUGUCGAGAUUUGGAGGAAAGGUGGAGAAUGGAACCCAUACCGAGUACAGCCGCCAGCAGAAAGACGAAAAGACCAACAAAUCCAAUCCAUCGUGAAGGGCAUCAUGGGAGGCCUCAAAUCCCUCGGAGUCCUGCCGAAGAAAAAAAGCAUCCCAUCUAUAAACAAAUCCAUUGACAGGAACAGACUCUCAGGAUUUCUGUACAACAUCUCCAUGUACUUACAGGAGAUGAGCGCCGAGUUAGAUGAUGGCCAGGGUUUUAGUGACGACCAGUUUUGGGAGAACCUUCUCUAUUCUCUUCUCCAGACCGGAAGGGAAGCCUCGCUUGGGAUGUGGGAUGGGAAAAGUCCCCCGCGACCCACUUUUAGGCUUCAGGAUCUGUUCCUGUCUCUUAGGGGAAGCCCACAUUGGGAUGGACUUCUAGGUUUGGUGCAAAGCCUUUUAACCCUCUCCGAAAAGCAGCCCCAGAAGCCCAUUUUAACUUUUAUUUCGCAGAAUUGGAAAACCAUCAGUGCUUUGCUGGAAACGGUCCUCCAGGCGGUGGUCAGCGGGACGUACGGACAAGCUGUUGCAGGUCUCCAGGGUUUCAUAUGCGUCUUGAAAGGACGGAAUGAUUGCUCUUUUAACCUGAGCUGGCUUGAGCAGCUUAUAAGCUUCAUGGAGACCAGAAACUGGAAACCUGUGGUCAGUCUUCAUCCUGUGAAUGUGGAGAGCCAUCAGAGAGAUGGCGCUGCCUCUACGGGACGGUUUAAACCUUUCCUUGUUCCACCUGAAGUGCUUGAGGAGCAGCUCUUGUUGAAUCAGUCUGAGAGUUUUGCUUCAAUGCAGACGCUGCUGCUUCAGGCUCUGUCAAGGUCAAACGCCGGAGAAAGGGCAGUACAGUUCGCCGAGCGUAAUCCUGCCCUCCUGAAGGGCUUGGAUAACCUCAGACGGGGAUUUCUGCACAAUGUGGGCCGCAGCGUCUAUGGUAAUCUGAGGAGGAAAGUGUCACAUAUGACCAAGGCACUGCUGGAGGAUGUGAGCAGCAUGGUUGGAGAACCUCAAUACAGUCGACAUGGAAGAUGUUCUGUAGGCAAGGGAAUUAGACAUAACUUGACUUGGAACGCUCAAGCGAUGGGUUUCAGGUCAGAUGGUUUACCCAGCAGGCCGUCUUUCAUGACUUGUCCAUCUUCAGAAGAGGAAACAAGGACUUUAAAACCUCAACCAUCAUCUAGAACUAAACUUCGCCAGUCCCACAUGAACAUUCAGGAGCAGACUGAUGGAAACCCCUUGAUCUCUGCUGAGAUUCUGGAAGCUGCCUGUAACGCCUCUAUCCCUGGUCUCACCGGGGUCUCGAAUUUUACCGUCUUCCUCUACUGUAAUCUUUUUGAUGACGAGAAUGGCUCACAGGACCCUCAAGUCAACCAUUUAGGUGUUGACCUGCAUGCAACCUGCUCAGAUGCUGCGUGGUACCUUUCAGCAGCAGAGGAAGAUUUCCUUUGGGUUCACGUUUGCAGUGAAUUCUUCGCUCACGAGUUCAACAAAACAGUGUGUGCCAACUCUACAUUCUGGCUGCAGCACGCACAACAGGUAGAAGCUACAAGGUAUUACCAGUACCUCAACCAGUCAAGUAUUGACGACCUCUGUCUUCAGCUCUCCAAUGAAGCUUCUGCUAAAUCUCCUAAAGACGACACUGAAGAUUGCCUAGCAUUGCUAAACAGCAAAACACUCACCGCCCAGGACUUUAGAAAAUGCUUUCUCCCAAAUAACACAGCCCUCAUCGCGUCUUUAUGCGGAAACGAGUCGUCUCAAAUACCCCAAGAUGGCAGCUGGGCUGCGGAGUAUUGCUCCAAAGUCACAAUCAAUCACAAGCCGUCAAAACAAAACUGCGACUAUUCAAAGUGGAAGCUGGAAUAUUUCACAAACUCCACCGCCCUUGAGCUUUGUAGCAAAGCAGGUCUGAAGGACUAUAUUUGUAAAAACGCCACGCUUUACCUCACACUACUUCAAAAGCAGCCUUCACUCACAGACGACUGUUUGAACUCUGAGGAUAAAAUCGGCGCCAAAUGUGUCCUCCAGAGGCUGUUUGACAUGCUGCCUGCGCCGUAUGACUUUGACACUUCUCAACUCUGCGUGAACCCCUUGCCUAUCCUGCAAGACGCCAUUCAUAAGCUUACUUUAUGUGAGGGGGUAGUCGAUGAACGCACGGGAUGGUUGGCGACGGUAAGUUACGUGCUUCGAGUUUUGGAUUUUGUGGUCGGGCUUUCGGCUGGAUUGGAGGAAGGAGAGCUGGAAGUGCGUCAGGGUUUGGGUCAGGCCAUCCUUCUGUCCAGCCUGCAGGACAAUGCCUCUUUUUGGGCUACUCUACGACCCAACGCGUCCCUGAGUGUACUUCACACUGUCGGCGUCUUUCUGAAGGGAGAGCAAAACUCCACCUUAAAAGAAGAUCUUUUGAGCUGCUUCAGUGAGUAUCUACAAAUGCCCAGAGAGAGCAUUCGUAGUGUGGUUCUGUCCGCAGAGAAAGAUGCUGUGAAAAGAUUUCUGUCCCAUGUUCAUCAGAGCUGGGAUCAACUUCACGUGGAAACUAUACAGGCCUCUCCAAAGGAACAAGAGGCCAUGGAAAGUAUGACCGCUGCUUUCAUCCACAAGUUUCCCCGAGUCACACCUGAGCUUUUCAUCGACCUCUCCCAGUUUAUACCAUACAUGUCUGUCUCUGACAUCAUGACCUUCCCCGCCUCUCUCAUGGUCAAUGAAAGUGUACUGCUGGCCAUAAGCGAUCACAGCUCUGAGAUGAAGUCUCUACAAAAGCAAGCCUUCGUAAAACGCCUGCUGCAGUCCAGUGUUGCUGGAGAAGUCCCUUCGUGGCCUCCAUAUUUCCUCAGCUCCAUUCAACCUCUUCUUCCACAUCUCCCAGUCAGUCACUUUCAGCAACUCACAUCACAGCAGCUCAUGCCGUUAAUGGAGAUGUUGGGGAACAUCAGUCUGGAUGCCACAAGGGGGCGCCAUGUACUUCGUACCGUCUUCGGCAGGGGAAAGAACCUGACUGGCGACAACAUAAUGAGGUUAGGAGGUCUUAUAUGUUACGUGAACUCUGAAGACUUACAACACCUUUUGUCUUCGUCAAAUCUCUCACCCGCCCUGUGGCAGCAGCUGGCUCAAUGUGUAUCAGAGGGACAUGUCAGCGCAAAUGGCAGAUUGUCACACUGGCUUGGGACAGCUCUUAAAUCUCUAAAUGCCAGUAUCCUAUCAGCUUCAUUAAUGGGCUCAUUGCAUGGUAUGCUGCCGCAAAUGGGUGCUUCAUUUUUGGAACCACUGUCCUCAAACAAGUUGCUGGAUCUGGUAACUCUACCGGAUAUGCCAACUUUUCCACCUGCGCAGGCAUUUCAGAUACUCAACAAAAUAGCAGAAGCAACAAAUUUCAGUGCCAACACGCUCUGCAGAUUGAAGCCAUUGUUUCCGGGUCUGGACCCUGUUUUCUUGAAAAACUUACUCGUAUCUGAAACUCCACUUGAUUGUCAUUGUUGGAGUUCCCUGCUGUCUAAUCUGCGUCCUGCUCAUCGAGCGAUGGUCCAUUUUGCUCUCCAACAGGCUCUGGAACGCAUUUCUGCAAAUGUAACCCAGCAGCUGCAAUGCCUUGUACCAUUCGUCUCCUUGAAGAAAAUAAUGUCAGAUCUAGAUGGCGAGGCAGUUCUUCAACAUAUAUCUCUGUUAAAGCAUAUGCCCUGGUCUCAUCAACAGGCUCAAAUGCUGUUCAAGAUAAUUCAGCGGACUGUAAACAUCACAAGAGAGUCAAUACUGUAA